GCCACUUGUGAGUGAUGCACCCUGCCGGAAUAUCCUCGGGAGAAUUCAAUCUCUGGGACUGGGUGCAUUCAUUUAUUUCAGCUCAGCGAAGGUAGACUGUUGGGGGAAUCGUUAUUAUUUUUGGAAAUGGCUAGCCUGGACUCCUUACCUACCUCGCGUGGGUCGCGUAAUCUGGGGGUAGUUAUAACCGGCCAUGUUGUUUUGUCCUACACCCAUCGGUAGAGUCGAGCGUCGUGAUGGGCCCAACGUUGAGGGCUUGGCUGCUCGCCGUGGUGCAUGUCGUCGCCGUCCAGUCACUCACCAACUCGACGUCUUCGUUUUCGUUUUCUGGGGUGCCGAGUAGUGCAGUGAGCCCAACUAACACCUCAACGGGCACCACCGCAAGUUCGAGCUCUUCAUUCUCAACGGUGACCUCAGUCACUACCACCUCUACAACACCAGCUUCUGUCGCUACCGAGACUGGCCCUCUCACUUGGCCCAUUUCAGAGUAUCCCUUCACUCCUUUCCCAACUCCAACCUUUGCUCCCAUCCCACCUAUAUUCCCCGAAACAGAUCCUCUAAACCCUCCCCCAGUCAGUUCAGACUUUAAUGUCGUGCCGGACUUCGCUCCUGCAUGGGCAACUGCAUACGAGAAAGCAAAAUCAAUGAUCGCCAACUUCACCAUCGAACAGAAGGUCAAUAUAACCACUGGCGUUGGAUGGAUGAAUGGCCUUUGCGUUGGGAACAUCCCUUCUGUCGCCGAGUUCCCCGGAUUGUGUCUUCAGGAUUCGCCUUUGGGCGUGCGGUUUACUGAUCUUGUAACCACAUUCCCCGCUGGCGUCACUACUGCGUCUACGUGGAAUCGCGCCUUGAUUCGUGCGCGUGGCCUAGCAUUAGGUCAAGAAUUCCACGCGAAAGGUGUCAAUAUUGCCCUUGGACCAAUGAUGAACAUGGGUCGUGUAGCACAAGGCGGGCGCAACUGGGAAGGCUUUGGUGCAGACCCCUUCCUCACCGGUGAGGCGGCGUACGAGACAAUUCUUGGCUUGCAACAAGCCGGUGUUCAAGCCACGGCGAAGCACUACAUCAACAACGAGCAAGAGUGGAAGCGUACUCAGGAGUCGUCCAACGUCGACGAUCGUACUGAACACGAGAUCUACGCGCACCCGUUCUUGCGUUCUGUCAUGGCUGGCGUUUCAUCCGUGAUGUGUUCUUAUAACCUCGUCAAUGAUACCUAUGCUUGCAACAACUAUAAAAUCCUCAGCGAUAUUUUGAAGCGCGAGUUUGGUUUCCAGGGCUACGUCAUGUCUGAUUGGGCUGCCACUAUGAACACACUCUCAGCGGUGGCAGGUCUUGAUAUGACUAUGGCCGGUGACAUCACCUUGGGAUCCGGCACGACAUACUUUGGUGCCAACCUCACUGCCUACGUUAUGAACAACACUAUUUCCGAAGCGCGACUCGAUGAUAUGGCAACGCGGAUCAUCGCAGCCUGGUACUACAUGCACCAAGAUCAGGGCUACCCCAAUGUCACCAUUGAUUCCUUCCAUCCGUAUAACCCUUUGAACUAUGAGGUUAAUGCACAAUCGGACCACUACCAGCUCGUGAGACAGAUCGGGGCUGCGGGAACCGUACUGCUCAAGAACGAGAUGAACGCAUUGCCGUUAAAUAAGCCAAGGAGUGUCGUGCUAGUCGGCAGCGACGCGGCUCCACCUGUUUCGGGACCGAACGAAUACUCUGAUCAGGGUGGUGACCCGACAGGCAUUCUGGCCCUGGGAUGGGGAUCUGGGACUACAAAUUUCACCUACUUGGUAUCUCCUUACGAAGCCAUCCAAGCACGUGCGAGACAAGAUCAGACUAGCGUCUUUUGGGACUUCGACAACUGGAACCUUGACCAGGCUGGCAAUUCUGUCAUAACUGCGGAAGUUGCGAUUGUGUUCAUCAACUCCGACUCUGGCGAGGAGACAGGAAAAACCUUGACAGCAUGGCAUGAGGGCGACGAGCUUGUUCUAGCUGUUGCUGCACAGAACAACAACACUAUUGUCGUCGUGAACAGUGUCGGACCGCUCAUUAUAGAGCCAUGGGUUGACCAUCCCAAUGUCACUGCUAUUGUGUGGGCAAGUCUUGGAGGUAACGAGGCCGGAAACGCGAUCGUGGAUAUUCUCUAUGGCGCCUGGAACCCGUCCGGACGUCUUCCGUAUACCAUCGCAAAAAAUGCAAGCGAUUACUCGGCGCAGCUCGUCCUCGGGGGUACUGCAACGGACAUUCUAUCCAUAGACUAUACCGAAGGCCUGUACAUUGACUAUCGCUGGUUCGACGCCCAAAACAUUACCCCACGCUAUGAAUUCGGGUAUGGUCUGAGCUACACGACGUUCGAAUACUCCCAACUCGUUGUUACACCUGUUGACGCUUCUGUGGACUCUGCUCAAGCAGAAUUGAUCCAGAACUGGGAGAAUGGGGGCACCUCGCCCAUUGAGGAAGGAUCUUCGACUGCAUUAUGGCUUCACAUGCCUUUGUUCCAGGUGACGUUCAACGUGGAGAAUACUGGACCGGUAUACGGAGGCGAGAUUCCUCAACUGUAUGUGCACCACCCUCCAUCCGCCGGGGAGCCUCCUUCUGUCCUGAAAGGUUUUACCGAUAUUGAACUGGUGCCUGGCCAAACUGGGCAGGCUUCCAUUACGAUCUCGCGGUACGAUCUGUCGGUGUGGGACGUUGUCAGGCAGGGGUGGGCGAAGCCGAAUGGAACCAUUGGGUUUUCGAUCGGCGCAAGUAGUAGAGACUUCAGGUUGGAUGGGACGUUCCCGCUCUGAGUUGGGAGUUGUUGAACCGGACUGAUUCUGAAUGCGAAUUUUGGACACGUAUUGGAUGCUCGUUGUCCAGCAGUACCCUCGUCGAUACGCUGUAAGUAAACUACGUAGUAAAUACCCACAGAGCGCAGGUAAUAGGCUUAGUAGUUCUCAAGAAGUGAAAACUCUCGUUUGGGCUUAUCUUGAUUUG